UCUGUUUCGGCUUCCUCGCAGCCGAGCAGAGGCCGGACAGCUGUUUCAGGAGAGAGUCCGAGAAGGGAUCCUGUUUUGGACACGAGUGAGUUUGAUUUUCCGCCGGGAUGUCGGAGAGCAUCGUGAGGAAGGUGCAGCCCUUCACCAUCGGGACCAGGCUUUCCGUUCCUUCUGUGACCAAAUGCCAGGAGUUGCCCCCGAGUUGUCUGCCCGGCGAGGCUCUGGAUAAUUGUGUUUUACAGCACAACUUGAACUCGCUCUACCUCAGCAGGUCCCAGGUCCGUGCACAUGGCUCCCAUCUUGUGUUGCCGAUCGUUGACCAGGCAGCCCCCAUGAAACUCAACCCGGAGCACGUGGCGGCGGAGGACCACCUGAACCAGAACGUCGCCUCUCCCUCCGCCGUCUCCAGAUCCAUUAAGAAGAUCACGAUAUCUGCGAGCAAAGAACAAUCGGACACCAAGACGGGUCUGGGACCGGCCACAGGCUCCUCGUCUGGAAACAACAACAACAAUAACAACAUCAGCAGCAGCAGCAGCAGCAGCACUCUAGAUCAACAUCUGCCAAGGAUUGUGGGAGUGAGCUGUGAAAACAAGCCCCACUCUCAGUUUAAGGUUUUACUCAGCAAAGAGGGCAGUGAUGAACUUCAGCCUGCGCAGGGACAAGCUUGGACAAAAUUAAACAGAAAGAAAUCAAUCGAGAUUUCAGCACCUGACGUGCAGAAAAAAGAGGUUCUGAGGAGAGAAUGCCAUCAGCAGGAUGAAGCGCUGGCAGCUGCUAAAGCUCACACUGAACGCUUCACUCAGCAAAACUCUCUCUUCAACAAAGAAGCACUGCAGGCAGAAGCUUGGAUCCAAAGCAAACUCCAGGACCUGAAAGAUGGAUGUAAUGUUCAGUACUGCCCCCUGCAGGACUGGGAGGAAGCCUCGCAGACUCUUCAGAGAGACCUCAAAGAUUUUGAGAACACCCUGAUUCAGCUCAACCAGCUGGGCGAGCAGUUGAUCUGCAAGCUGAACCCGACGUCUGAGCUGGUGAAGAAGCAGCUCAGCCACCUCCUGGAUCAGUGGCAAAACCUGAAGCAGAUGGCCGCAAAUCAGACGCGUGCUCUAGGUGGAGCCAGGAGCCUGCAGGAAUUCAACCAGAAGGUGGACAAGCUGGAAGCUUGGAUUAAGGAGAAGAAGGAAGAGGAGCAGUCUUUGCUGAGUGUCCUGGGAGGAAAUGUUGACAAAAUGCAGCUCACCAGGAGGAUCCUUGAUCUCAAACAGGAUGAGCAGCUCCACCGGAACCUGCACGAGGAGAUCAACAACCUGGCCCUGAAGCUGGAGAAAGUCGGGAAGGCGGAUGGCAAAAACAUCACCGUCAGGAAGAAGCACAUCAACAAAAUGUGGCUGAAGGUCCAGUCCUAUCUGAAGAACUGCCACGAACAUCUUCAGGUGGCGCUGGAGAUGUCCUCUUUUUACCAGCAGGCUGAUAACACCUUGGAUGCCAUAAACAACAUGAGGAGAAGCGUGCUCGCCUCCAAGGAGCUGGACGGCUUUGGUGACAGAGAGGUGCGCGACAUCGCCAGCCAAGUCAUGAUGCUGGACGUGAGCGUCUCACAGCUGCCCGCCCUCCACCCCGCCGUGGCGGCCAGCGUCACAAAGAAGCAGGCUGAGGUGAAAGACUGCUGGGCGCUCCUCCAGAGGGAGCUGAGGAGCGACAGGACGGCACACUCCCCCGGCGGUUCCACUUUCACCAGGGAAGACGGCGACCUCCCGACCCCGGCCCGAGAGGCCCGAUGCAUCACGGGAGCCGAGACACACGGGAUGAUGGGAAAAGAGGUGAAAGAGGAGCAGAACCGGCUGAAAGGCUGCAGAAGUAUUACUGACUGCAACAGCGGUGGCCAAACUCAGAGCAAGCAACGAGAGGAACACCAAUCAGUGAACCACAGUUCUUCACCAGAGGGAGAUGACUCACUCGGCAUAAACGAAGCCAUCAGCAGACAUGAGCUGAAGGGGGAAAGAAAGCCGAGAGCCGAGCCCGGGCUUCCUGCCGGCCAUCGUGGCCACCCACAGCUUCACCUACAGCUCCAGAAGUUCACGUUGUCUGCAGACAAGACGUUGUCCUGGCUGAAAGACAACGUUUCCAUGGCAACACAGGUGUGUUUGAUGGCAAGCUCCGAGGGGCUGGAGGCAGCCAGAAAAUGUCAGCAGACCCUUGAACAAGAAAUCCUCAACAACAGAGCCAGGAUAGAGGUGGUCAAAAGGGAGGGUCACGGGCUGGUCCGUGCACAGCACCCAGGCAGCGCAAAGAUUGAGGAGUUCCUCAGCCAGCUGGAGGUCCUGUGGGAAGAACUGAGGAGGAGGCACCAGAGGAAUGCUGUGUUUCUGCAGGCCUCCGAGAAGCUGGGCUUUAGAGUGGUGAAAGUGCUGCAGGCCCUGGGCAGCCUGGAGGCUUGGCUGGAGUCCGUGGAGCUUUCCAUGAAGGCGUCUGCGUUAGCCGGUGACCCUGAGACCAUGAGCAGGGCCGAGAGGGAGAGCUGUCUGCUCGAGAAAGAGGUGGCAGCACGCGGUCUGGAGCUCAGCGUCCUGAGGCAGGAGGUGGAGCGACUUCACGGCCACAGUCACCCCCACACGAGGGGAUUGGCGGCACGCAUGGAGGCGUUGGAGAGAAAGUAUCACUGUGUGCUGAGUGCCCUGACCCAGCAGAGCUCAGAGCUGCAGGACACGCGCAUGCUGACUGAGUUUCUGGAGCAUCUGGAGCUGGAGGAGAGCCAGGAGCUCGCUGGGCGACAAUAUAAUCUCGACCAGCCUCUCUGUAGUGACUUUUCCUCAGUCCCGUUGCUUGGACUCCAAAGCGGUGGAGUGGGAGAGCCCCUGAUAGAAACUAUGGGGGACCCUGUGGAAGAACUGCGAGAGGCUGUGGAGAUGCUGAACGACACGGUGAGGGAAAGAGGGCGAUCACAAAGCCACGAUCACGCCAUCCAGGAACUGCUGAGCAAGCAUGCCCGCCUUGCAGUGCGUGUGGAGGAGUGCUUGUGCAGCAGCAAGGAGCUGAGCCUGGACAUCCUGGAGAAGGAGACGGACAUGGCCGUGCAAUGCGAGCCGGAGCACUGCGGCUUCGAGCCUCUGCGGGACAGAGUGAGCCACCUGGAGGCCGACUGUGAAAUCAUCCGGGAGGAGGUGAAGGAGAUGGAGAACCAGGCUUCUUGUCUGAGGGAGCUGUGUCUGGAGAAGGCGCACGUGUUCGACCUGAAAGUCCAGUCGAUGCUGCGGGCCUGGAGCGAGCUGGGGAGGAGCGUGACGGAGAACAGAUCCCGUCUGCAGGAGUUCGUGGCGCUCCAGGGCUUCUUCAGGAGCUACCUCGCCCUGAUCUCAUGGACCGAAGACACCAGGUCGUGCAUUUUCUCAGACGCCGCCCUGCACCCCCGGAGAGAAGGCCAGCGGCCGCUGGACGUCCAGAUAGAACAAAGGUUUAACGAGUUCGACGAGCUGGCGUCCACGGCCAAGACCCUUUUAGACAGAGAACACCACCUCACCCAGAUGGUGAAAGAACGCAUGGAGGAACUGAGGAGCAUGCUCGGGUGGAUCUCGGUGCACUGGAGAGCCCAGAAGCAGCAGCGGCUUCGCAAACAGAACAGAGAGGAACCCUCGCGUGAUAACAUUUACUCAGAGGCCACGAUGUGGAGCUCGUUUAAAGAGAGUUCGGUUCCCGAGCUGGAGGCCCUCCACCAGUCCCACGCCGUCAAGACCUCCGAGGACGCAGCAAAGGCAGCUGACUGGAACGAAGAGAGCGGGGGCGAGCAGUCCGACGACGGCUACGAAAUCAUGAACAGGAUCGGCCCGCGCGGCGACUCUCCCACACCCAACGUUACGGCGGGGAAGGAGAGCCGCAGCCCACCUGCGGGGGGCGCCGUGAACCUCAUCCUUAGCUUUGGGAACGCGGGGGACAGCCAGGUGCAGGUGCUGGACCUGCCCGGUGGGCCCGAUGAGACGCCACUGGAGACCUCUGAGCCUGUUCACAGGCUCGCCGCGCCUCAGCCGUCUGCCUGUAAAACCUUUUGGAGGCGCUGCCAGGGGAUUUUGGAAAACACUUUUGGUAGUUUAAAGCGAAAGAGAAAGAUUUAUCGGCAGAGCGCCGAUGAGGUAAGUACCUACCUGCAUGUUAAGGAUAACAACCCGGCCGUGGCCCCGGUGUACGAGAGCAUCACCCUUCCCCGCCUAAAGAGCCGUUCUGCAGCCUCAGACUCCCCUACGCUGUGGCCGUCCUCCUCCUCCUCCUGCGCCUCGCGGUCUUCCUCCGGCUCUGAGCCGCAGGCGGCCAACGUCAGCUUCCACCCUUCGACGGGAAGCUGCAGCAGCAGCAGCUCCAUCUUCUGCAGCCUCAAACGGAUGAGCAAGAAGAGGAAACGGAAGCGGGGCGAGCGCCGCCACACGAUACAGAGGAUCAUGGGAGUGGAGGAGCAGACCGGCGGCGUGCACCGCUGUGACUCUGACAUGCUCACGCAUUGCACUCAAACGUGGCCGCUGAAGGAGGGUCAGAGGAGGAAGAGGUUACAGAAGGGCGGGAACGUUGCAGACGCGUUGGCCUACAUGAAAAAUCCUCUGCUGAGAGACAUCGAUUCGGAGUGCGCGGGAGAAAACAGCAUCACUCCGUACGCCGUGUCGUCAGGACCGACCCGCUCUCCCUCAGGAGGUGCGGGGGGAAACCACUGCAGAGUCCUCCGUUUGGGCUCCGUGCUGAGCUUCGACCUGCCGAAGGACAUGACGCUCAUCCCCAGCAUCCAGGACAUCAUCACCAUCGCCCCUCCGGAGUCUAGAAAAGCCGGCGGCACCGACGCCGACCCUCUCUCUCAGAGAAACCCGGUUCUGAGCUCCUUCAGACAGACCCACGUCCUGUCGGCCUUCCCAGGAAGCUCGGCUGAAAUCAGCUCCCCUGAAACGCAGCGGUCAGCGGCUGGCGACCCGCCGGAGCAGGAGACGAGUUCACAAACACCUUCCUUGGAGGAACCUCUGACGGCACCGCGUGAUGACAGCGCUCAAAUACGAACCAGUCACCAUGAGAGGGCAGAGGACAGGGACCAAAGCCCAUCAGAAAUUAAAUCCACAAUAAAUGAAGUAAACAGGCCCUUAAAGCUGCCUAUUUACAUGAACCAAGUCCAUAACUGCGCCUCAGUCCCUCAUAAGCACGACUGCCUCAGUGUCCAUACGCUCAUUCGGGACCUGAACGGACACCAGUACCACAGGUGCACCGGAUCCCAGGGAGAGCGUGAAAGAGGCCCUCGGCUGAAGUCGAGCCAAGCUCCUCGCGUGAGAGUGAACCUGAAGUCGACGAUGAGCGUCAGCGUUCGACAGGACUCCGCAGACUCUGGCAUCUCCGCCUCCAGCGGCUUCAGGCUCCGCACCGACGCUCCGUGUCCGGCUCAGCCGCGGCCCAAAGGGGUGGUGGGAAAGCUCGUUUCCCUCGAGGUGGAGGGCAUAGACCCGGCUACGACGCGACAAAACCCGGCAGCAUCCUCCGGUCCGUCGCCAGGCCCUGCGGGUACGAACGCCGACCCGGUCCACGUCGACCACCAGCAGUUCGAAGAGGAAGAAGAAGAACUGGAGGACAUCUGGAAUCGGACCACAAACUACAGGCAGAGCAUCUGCUCGGACAUAAUGUACCAGCCCAACCAGGAGCUCCUCACGGACCCGACCGGAGAGCCGCUCUCCAGCUCACCUCCUGCCGCAAACCCGCCUCCUCUCUACAGAAACCUGGUCACCGCCUCAGCACCAAACCUCCUCGUAGCCGAGUUCAAACUCCCCUCCCACGUCCAGGGCGGCCCGGGUCACGACAAGCUGCAGCGCUCCAGAGAUCACCUCCCUCCUCUGGCCACGGGGGACAGGAGGUCCUGGGCAGCUUUCCCCAACAGGGAAGCAGCCGGCAAGACGGCGGUGGCGGUGAACGAGACGGCGUCCGAUCCGGUGAAGCUUCCAGACGUCGGCGACAAUCCGAGAUACGUUUACCAAUACAGGGAGGAGGAGGAGGAAGAGGACGGGGAGGGGGAGGGGGAGCAAGAGGAGGCGAAGGUGGGGGAGGAGGUGGAGGAGCUACCCGGUUGCUCACAGAACCAGUCCCGGAGUCUACUUUCAGUCCACAUGGGUUUGAACGGAGCCUGCCAGCAAAGCCCUGAAGACCCGGCAAAGCCUCAGGAACGCGUGGCCACAGGAGGGCGCUGUUUCAUCCUAAGUGGAAAACCAGAGCUGCAGUCUAUGGAGGGAACCCUGGAGAGGAAGCACAAGCUGCAGCUGGGAGGAAAGAAAGCGGCCUCCAGAGGCUGGAGCUCCUACCACGCCGUCCUAUACAGACACACCUUGUGCUUCUUCCAGGACAGAAAGGAUACGCUGCGCAGCUCUGCGUGUGGCCUGCCGCUGAACCUCGGGGGAGCUGAGUGUUCGCCUGCCCCGGACUACACCAAAAAACCCAACUGCUUUCGGCUACGGCUCCGCGAUGGGUCUGAAUAUCUGUUUAAUACCGCCUCACGCUUUAUGAUGAAGAAGUGGAUCAUGAAGAUACAAGCGAGCACAGGUGAAUGUCAAAGUGAGCUCGUGUUUUCACCAACAAAUGUUCCUGCUGAUCAAGCCUCUCCCAUCUCUUUAGGCCAAGAUCAAGCCGGCGGUCUCUGCCCCUCUCAGCACCAGGCCACCCACACAUUCCCCAGGUUGAAACGACAGAGCGGCAAUCAAACCAAAGAAAUUGUCGUGCUCACCAGAGAGCAGAGUCACACGCUCCAUGGCCAAAGAGGGGAUGACAAGUCAGCGGUCCCAUCAUUGAAUCCAGGCUGCUACGAUAAAGAUGAUGAUGAUGAUGAUGAUGAACGCAGCUUAACGCAGACAGUGACUCACAGACUUUCUUCAGACAACACUUCUCCAUCCUCCUCCAACUCCCCUGCAUCCAGCAGCCAGAGCUGGCUCAGCAGCAAGCAGCGCUCCCACUCUUUUACGUCUGCAACGUACCAGAAGAUUAAACCCACGCUGAACUCCCCAGGAGGAGGGGGAGUGGAAAAGGGAUCCAGCUACUGUGUGACUCUGGUAGUUGGGGGCAGUUCGACAGACAGCUCGUCAAUAAGAAGAAGCCUGGAGCCUGCGGUGCUGCCCUUCCCUUCACGGCAGCCAGACAUGUAUAAGGACUCUGCUCUGAAGAGCUACUCCAGCCUCCCGCGACCUCGCAACAAAUCUGUCUUCAAAAAGUUCUUUGGGAAAAAAGAGCCCUGAGCGUAUACAUGUUGUUGAUUUUUUACAGAUUGUUUCAAACGUGCAGUGCACAUGUAAAACAGAACCACGCUACUACUGACCGUAUUUAUGAGCAAAAACACUUAUAUGUGUGACCUGUUUGAGAUAAAUCACUUCAGAGCCCCCUUAAGCAUCCUCAUGAGUAACCUGUUUUGCAAGUGUCUCUUUUUUCACGUUUAUAGGUCAGAUAAAACUAACACAACUGUUAGCGUGCACUGUGUGCAUACGGUCAUCAUGGGUGUGAAUGUCAUAUUCAUUAAGAGUAUAAAGGACUUGUUUGAACAGUUUGCUGUUUCAAGGUGAAAUGCCAGCGCAGUUUUUAAAUUAAAUUUAGUUAAAAAUGAAGGAUUGGAUGCACAAAUUUGUAAAAUUGUGUGUAAUUGAUACAGAGUCAAAAAUACCCAAAGAACCAAGGAACACUGUACCGACUUUCUAUCAUGGAGGUGGUAGCAUCAUUCUAUGUGUCUGGUACCCUGUUGGUAGGAUAUUAAAGCAGGAAAGGACCUCCAAAUUCAUUAACCUCAAGCUUAUGAAUGCAUACAUACACCCCUAUCACUAUUUCGUUGAAUUUUCCUAUCAUACAUUCAUCACUGGUAUGUAUGUCAUAUUAUCUUUGGCUUUUAUUGUGUUUGGACUCUUUGUUCAGGGUGGAAUGAUCAUGCAUCAAAGACCUGAUUGUGUUGCUUUUCGGAUCGACACUUUCUCAAAAUCAAAUAUGCAUCCUCACUAAUAUUCUGCGAAAUGUUCCUCGCUAGGUUGCGGAGAAACAACACAAUGUGCGUCUAAUCUCCAUCUAAAUGAGUUGCUUUGGGUAGUAUCUGGCUUUCAUACAAAUUCCCACUUUUCUUUGCAGAGUUGAGGUUGCCACAUCAGCUAGGCCCUCCCAAAAGCUGAAAGUUAGCCUGAUUAUUUUUUUUUUCAAACCAAUUUUGAUAUAACUUGCCUUUAAAUAUGAGUUAAAAGUUAAAUAAUUUGUCGACAAUCAUUUGUCUUCAAUGUCCCCACCAGGUUGUGUAAUGCACCGGUACAAGUGGCAGUGAAACAAAGCCCCGCCACCAAGCUUGAGACUGGCACUAUUUUCUAAGGUCUGAAAGCUUCACCUUGACCUUUCCAAAUAUACUUGUCUUAGUAUAUAAGCUCAGUCUUUUCCUCAUCUGUCCAUAAAACUUUAUCAGAGGACGUUUGGAUUGGCUUGAAGGUGUCAAUUUUUCGAUCAUGUACUUCUUUAGUCAGCACCCUCUGAAUCCCUGAUGCCUAAAAAGGUGUCACUGUGGUCAGUAACCCCACCGUUGCAGUAUCUUCCAUUUUGGUGCUUCCAAAGUUCAUUUUUGACCAUUAAAAUAUUUAUUUUAUUUUGAAUUAACAGUUUGGGCCAGACAGAUUAGGCUCUGACAGAGUUGGGUCUCCCUAUUGGACAAUGAUCCAAAAGCCGCCUUAAUGUUUUCAGAAAAGUCUCAAAUUCAACCAUAUGUAUAACACUGGGCCUGUGUGGCUCAGAGCAAAUUCUCAAUAAUUUUAAGCUUCUUUAUCGAGUCUUACAACUGUUGGUGAUUAAAGUCAAUGACAUUCAUGCUCAUGAUGAGUGUAUGUAAACUUCUGCCUGUUACUACAUAUGUAGAUUUUGAUUGUUUUGGGUCAGCAGUUUUGUAUAUGUUAUUUUUCUGUUUUUGGAUCAGCCGUUCCCUAACGUUUUAUGACCAAGUAUUAACUAAAAGCUGAGCUCUCAGUGCCUUUGGCUGCAUUACAUUAAAACCGGUCCUCACCUAUGAACUCACAGUUUGAUACUGUUUGAUCUUGUAUGAUUUAACCGUUUUCUUUUUUCCACCUUCUGUGGCAAAGACUAAAUACAUGAUAAAAAAAAACCUUAAACGAGGUUUUUGCUUUUGCUGUGAUUAAACAUUCAAUUGUCAACACGACUGGUGGUUCAAAAAAA